AUGGCGUCCACCGCGUCCUUCAGUUUGGACGCGCCUACAGUCCUCUGUAUCGUAUUCUCUCUUUCUAUGAUGCCAAUCGCCCAAUUCCUAAGCAAGAAACUUGUGCCAGCCCACAGGACGCGGGAUCGCAUCCUUUUCUUCUGGCACGCCUAUGAUGCCCUCACCCACAUUUUUGUCGAAGGCUCCUGGCUCUUUGAAUGCUUCUUCAGCUACAUCACAGUCGCUGACAAUCAUAACGUUGAGCCCUUCUUUCUCAACGACCCAAGCCGUAUCUAUGGUCCUGCCUACGGGACUAGACCUAGUUCGCGUCUGUGGCAGGAAUACGCAAAGGCUGACCGCCGCUGGGCUGGCCCCGAUUUGACUGUCGUGUCGCUGGAAUUAUUGACAGUAUUCCUCGGUGGUCCGGCCGCGAUCUACAUCUGCUAUCUGCUGUGCCGGUCUUCGAAUGAAAAGAUCAGUUCCAAGUCACGCGGUGGAGCCAAGGCAACACUGUGGCUGGUGUCAACUAUGCUUGCGACGGCGGAGUUGUAUGGUGGAUUUAUGACCUUUGCACCGGAAUGGCUGACGGGGAGCUCGCAGCUGGCUACUGAGGAUCCGGUUUACCUUUGGUUGUAUUUGUUCUUCUUCAAUACCCUCUGGGUCUUUAUCCCUCUCUGGGUGUUGUGGGAGGCGGCGAAAGAGUUGCGCGGAGCCUUUGUGGCAGCGGAGCCUCAGAACGAGAGGAAGACCCAGUGA